CAAAAUUUUCCCACAGAAAGGAUGGCCACCAAAAGAAAGCCUGAGAGCCAGGAGUCUUUCAGAGUCCCCAUAGAGGAAAGCGAUGAACUCAUCAUUACACCAUUGGGUGCUGGGCAAGAGGUGGGCCGAUCAUGUCACCUUCUGGAGUUUAAAGGAAAGAAAAUUAUGCUGGACUGUGGAAUACAUCCCGGACUGAAUGGAAUGGCGUCACUGCCCUUUCUGGAUCUGGUGGAUGUGGAGGAGAUAGAUUUGCUACUGAUGAGUCAUUUCCAUCUGGACCAUUGUGGUGCACUCCCAUUCUUCUUGGAGAAAACAGAAUUCAAAGGCAGAUGUUUUAUGACACAUGCUACUAAAGCUAUAUUUAGAUGGUUAUUGUCAGAUUAUGUAAAAGUCAGUAAUAUUGCCACAGAUGACAUGUUAUAUACAGAAAAAGAUAUAGAAAACAGUAUGGAUAAAAUAGAAACCAUCAAUUUUCACCAGGAAGUGGAAAUCAAUGGAAUCAAAUUUUGGUGCUACACUGCAGGACAUGUUUUAGGGGCAGCCAUGUUUAUGAUAGAGAUUGCUGGUGUAAAGAUAUUGUAUACUGGAGACUUUUCCCGACAAGAAGACAGACAUUUAAUGGCAGCAGAAAUCCCAAAUGUUCAUCCAGAUGUAGUCAUUAUUGAAUCCACAUAUGGUACUCAUAUUCACGAAAAGAGGGAAGACAGGGAGGCAAGAUUUACCGGACUAGUCCAUGAUAUUGUGAGCAGGGGAGGCAGGUGUCUCAUUCCUGUGUUUGCGUUAGGUCGAGCCCAGGAGUUGCUGCUCAUUCUAGAUGAGUACUGGAGUAACCACCCAGAGUUACAUGACAUUCCCAUCUACUAUGCUUCGUCUCUCGCCAAAAAGUGUAUGAGUGUUUACCAGACAUACAUCAACGCCAUGAACGAAAAAAUCCGCAGACAAAUCACAAUCAGCAACCCGUUUGUCUUUAAACACAUAUCUAAUCUCAAGAGCAUGGAACACUUUGAAGACAUUGGCCCCUCUGUAGUUCUGGCAAGUCCUGGUAUGAUGCAGAGUGGGCUGUCUCGUGAACUGUUUGAGAACUGGUGUACAGAUAAACGAAAUGGCUGUAUCAUCGCCGGCUACUGUGUGGAGGGUACACUGGCCAAGCACAUCCUCUCAGAGCCAGAUGAGAUUGUGACAAUGGCAGGACAAAAGUUACCAAUGAAAUGUUCAGUGGAUUACAUAUCCUUCUCCGCUCACACAGACUAUCAGCAGACCAGCGAGUUCCUACGGGCACUUAAACCCCCGCAUGUGGUACUUGUACAUGGAGAACAGAAUGAGAUGUCACGUUUGAAGGCAGCACUGAUCCGGGAGUACGAGGAUGACACAGAGUACCAGAUGCAGGUCCACAAUCCCCGUAACACUGUCGCUGUUACUCUUCACUUCAGAGGCGAGAAAAUGGCCAAGGUUGUUGGAAAGUUGGCUGCAGAAAAACCUCUUCAAGAGGAAAAGGUAACAGGGAUAUUGGUGAAACGGAACUUCAACUAUCAUAUCAUGCAUCCAAGUGAUUUAUCAAGCUAUACAGACUUAGCAAUGGCUACAGUAACACAGAGAUUGAGUAUUGCCUACACGGGCACAAUCAACCUGCUGCGAUAUUACCUCAAUCAGUUGUCGGGGGACGUGGAGCAGUAUAUGUCCAACGACAAACCUGCCCUUAAGAUUUUCAAGGCCGUCACUGUGCUUGUGGAACCGAAGAUGGCUGUCGUAGAGUGGGUUGCCAACCCAGUGACAGACAUGUAUGCUGAUGCUGUGGUUACCGUAGUACUCCGAGCUGAGACAGACCCAAUGCCACAUAAAUACGUACCACCAGCUGUGAAAGUGGACCGUGGCCAUAUCACAGAAUGUUUAAUUGAGAUGUUCACCGACAUGUUUGGAACAGAGAGUGUUGGAAAGUUCAUAAAGGGAGACAAAAUGACAAUCACCAUUGAUGACAACACUGCUGUAAUCAACAUAGAUACAUUGGAUGUUAAAUGUGAGGAUGAAACUCUACAACAAGUUGUACAGACCAGCGUUUCCAAGUUAAUGUUGGCCAUAUCUCCCGUCAAAUAGCCAUCACACUGACGGGUACAUACAUUAGGAACUAUGGAAACUCUGGAGUCUGGACUAGAGACUGUUUACAUGGGACCUCUGGAGUCUGGACUAUAGACUGUUUACGUGGAACCUCUGGAGUCUGGACUACAGACUGUUUAUGUGGGACCUCAGGAGUCUGGACUAGAGACUGUUCACGUCGAACCUCUGGAGUCUGGACUACAGACUGUCUACGUGGAACCUCAGGAGUCUGGACUAGAGACUGUUCACGUCGAACCU